AUGGAGAGUGAAGAGAGCUUUUUGGUGUUAGUGCAUCAUUCUGGAAAAAUAAAAAAGAGUAAGAGGCAUGGUGUGAAGUUUACAGACAGAAAACCGCUGAGUAUUUUUGUCAGGUCGUCUGAUACACUGUUGGAUCUGAAGAGCAGUAUACUGCAGAAGUUGGCCGUAGGUGGCACAAAGUGGGUGAAGAAGCUGUUCUACAAGAUACCUAUUGCGGUUGUGUCAACCGGCGUGCAAUAUAAAACGUUCGUGUUACGAACAGAUGAAGAUAUGCGGGUGUUGUUUCAUUGUCGUCGGAGUUUUCCAGAAGUGAGGAUACAUGAGUUGUUUGCGAAGCUGGAACAUGGGAUCGAUAGUUGUGGUACAUCCGCUCCAAACCCCCAGUCCACCACGAUGGGUGGUGCCUCCACCUCGAUGCCCGUCGUUGCACCUGAGUGUUUGUUGGAGUAUCGGCCAGCCGGUCCAGUUGGGGCAUUCACCUCAACUCAUCCAUCUGCAGAUGUAGAACAUGAGGGGGAACCGGAUCGGGUGGAAAAUGCUAUGCAAGAGGAUGACUCCGAUGAAGAGCCUGUUGACAUUGGAGGGGACAGCGAUGAUGAAAUUCCGACAAAUCCAGGAACAUGUCAAUCACCGUCAAGUGCCGGCACACAUGAGCAACCUGCACAUUAUUCUACCCUAGAUCUGGGAGCCAUCAGCCAACCAACAGAUCCAGCACCAACCUUUGGGGGUCGAGGCUUGCACGAGGAAAAUUUUGUAGCUGAAUUUCAAGUUGGCCAAUCUUUCCAUAGUAAGGAGGAAGCUGUGCUUACUGUAAAGGAUUACAGCAUUCGGCGCGGUGUUGAGUAUAGAGUGAUGGAGUCAGAUCAUCUUAAGUACCAUGGGAGAUGCAAGGAGUUUGGGAAGGGUUGCACAUGGAUGAUUCGCAUCAGCCUUCGAGCAUGGAAGGGAACCUGGGAGGUUCGGCGGUACAACGGACCACACACAUGUUUGGCUACAUCGAUAUCCAACGACCACCGACAACUAGAUUAUCACGUGAUCUGUGCCAAGAUCUUUUCUAUGGUUCGCGCCAAUGCGGCGGUGUCGAUAAAGGUGUUGCAAGAAGCUACCGAAGGAACGUACGGGUUCAAGCCAAGUUACAGGAAGACGUGGUUGGCAAAAUAG